CUGUCGUUUCUCACCCCUAGACUGAACAUAUAGCCACAACGCAGCUGCAUGUGCGCAACACUUUCUCGUGAAUAUGGUGACUGGGACAUUCUCGGACGAGCUGAUCAACUGCUCCUCGCCGUCGCCUUGGACGUCUUGUCCGAUCGCUGGAGACGUCGGAAUGAGCGGAACAGCUGUACACCGUUUGCUUCCGGUAUUCAAUGACCAGAGAAUGCCCCAGCUAAAACCAAUCCUUGGUGUCGAUUUCCAUGAAGACAGAGAAACGGCAUCCGUCCCGAUGAUGAAACACCAUAUGUCAGAAGCUGAGUCAAGACACGUGAUCUUCCAGCAGAAACUCGCGCAGACUUCCCAGCGAGCCAUGAAUGAAGACAGGUCUGGAAGUGCUGGGGAGAGGGACAGGUUCCUGAGGCGUGACCCCCGCCACGUGGCCGUCUCCUGGUACAGCUACUACUACUCCAGGCCCGACUCCCCCACACAGUGGCAGCAGCGCACAGAGGGUAUUGAAGCAGAAGAGCAACCGAUGAUAGACGCAGAUCUCACAGGCCGUGUGUCGCCAAGCAACCAGAGUGAAAUGACAUCGGAUAUACCCCUCCUUCAAAAGCUGUCUGCUCUGGCUGAGACUGGACACGUGAUCAAAACCAGUGACAUUGACCUUGACCUCGAGGUUGAAGAUAUCUUUAAUGAGGAACAUCACCUGAUCAGACAAUUUAAGACAGGUAAAUGUGACCGGAUCAGGACACAAGACCCCUCACGUGGGAAGUGGGGAGAGAUGGACAGUGAAACCAGAGCCUUGCUGUCCAAGCUGAGACGGUCGAGUCCACCAGUUGAUUUGUAAAUAAAGCCAGCCCUCACAGCCAAAUACCUCAGGCAUUUCAUCAUGUGGGGUCCAUCACCAGUACAUCAAUGUAUAUAAAUUGCGAUAAAGAGUUCAAGCAUGAA